AUGGUCGAGAUGCAAACACACGCGCCCGUGGCGCCACAAGCCAGCGCAAAACCCUCACUCCCACCGUUGUCAGAACCAGCACAAGCCAUUUCAUCCUCGUCGCAGGCCAUGCCUAUUCCUCAAGCGCCCGCGCAACGAUCACAACCGCUUACCCUCGAUACAUACGUCUCGCCCGUCAACCAAAACGGUUCCUUUGAGUUCGACCGUGUCAUCAAGACUGGCUACGUUCAGCGCCGCACACAAAAGACCAAGACAUGGAGGAGCAUCUUUCUUGUUCUCCGGCCGAAUAUCCUGUCCAUUUACAAAACCGACAAGGAGGAUAAACUCCGACACAAGAUCUUUUUGUCCGAACUGACAGCCGUUUCCUUCCUCCGUGACCCAAAACACAAACGUGACCACCUGUUCGGCCUCUACUCGCCCUCCCGAAACUAUUACUUCCAAGCCAGCUCUGCCAAAGACGCCCAAGAAUGGGUCGAGGCAAUUCGCAGCGAGGCACGCAUUGAAGAGGAGGAGGAGGAGAUGUUUCUGGCCAGCCCUCUUGUACGACGCCAGUCCUAUGGCUUUACCAACCUCUUCCAUGCCACCGGCAAUGAGCUGAGUCCGUACAACCCGACGCACAUGAACAACCACCCGGACGCUGUCGCUGAACAUGAGCGUCGUAUGGUGUCCAGCUCCCCCGAGCCCACAAAUGCCUCCACCACGGCGCCUCUCAGCCCAGCAAAUACAGCAGCAGCAGCAGCAGCAGCAGCAGCCACGGCCACAGCAGCACCCGUACAACCAGCCCGAGUCCCUGGCCUGGUCCGGUAA